CUGGACCUGUGGAACAAGGAACAGCAGCCACUUUAGAGAAGUACCAAUACACGAGAUAAAAGUAUAACUAUAUGAAAGCUGCUUAAGAGUUUGGUAAUGUUGUUAACAUGCUGUGUUUAUUACACAAGCUUCUGAAACAUUUGAAAAUUUGUAGUAAAAUAGAUGUUGAUCCUCUGAGCUGCAGGUGGCUGAUGGGAUUAAUCAUACAAGGAUUUCAUUGGGAGGCACAUGUGAGGAAAAGGAUAUAGGGAAAAGAUACAGAAAACGAGUGAGCUAGAGCGUAGCAUGCAGGUCUGGCCAGGAUUCAAGAAGAGAGGAAGAGAUGACUCUGCCGCCCUGCAGUAGAGUCAUUGAUGGGUCCCCGUACUGUGUCGCAUCUUCCUGGAAUUUCUCUGCUCAGUGCCCCUCCUGCCGUCAGUCUGGUGGAGUGAUAAACAGAAGCUGGGGCACUUGGUGUAUCACAUGGCUUUAGUUAAGAAUUGGUACACUCUCAAGGCUUCUGUGCCUUAAAGGAUGUGUGUUUUAGCUAUUCAGGAUAGAGACCAACCCUGGGUAUCUCCUGCAAUGAUUGUAGGGGCUCCAGUAACUUGCUGUAGCUGAGGGUCUCACAAAGAUGUAAUAGUAGAUUAAUGGCAUUGUUUUUCAUAUGGACUCUCCCAGGAUUCUAUGUGUCUGAAAUUUCUAAACUUCUUUUUUGUGUUCUCUCUCUCUCUCUCUCUCUCUCUCUCUCACAUGACUCUCACUGCCAGAAAGGCAAAUUCACAAAACUCUUUAUAUGAAAAAGAAGGUAUUUUCCCUAAUGUUUUAUUCCCUGGAAUUCUCGAAGCUAGACAAUUGUUUCUUACUAAAAACUGUUGAUUUAGGUCAACCAAAGCCCUAAGCUAUUGUUUCCUAUCUUAUAGUUUAAUCUCUCUCUAACUUCUCAGUGCAUCUCAGAAGGUGGCGCCAUUUCCUGUCCUAGCUGUGAAGACAGAGUCUACCUGUUUUCUCAGGAAAGCAGUUUCUUCAUCUUGAGAAUAGACAGACAACAUUCCUGAAGCAAUGGUAGAGGGCGCUCUCCCUUCCCGUCUCUCAUAAAGCUGUGUCUGUACUUUGCACCAGCUUCAGUGUGGUUGAAAUAACAAAGAAAACUUCACAGAGGAAUAUUUUAUUUCCAUAAAACAAAAGAAUGAAACCUUCUAAUUCUGCAUUGCUUUCUGGACUCUACAUGAACAAAAUACUAUUAUUUUCCUGAAGUAUUAGUGUGUGGUCUGCUAGGACUGCUCCACAGACCCUGUCAUCCUGAUGGAGGCUGGUGAAGAAAUAAUCCCCUCAAUAAAUGUCUUGCAGGAGGCCUGUUGCAUGGUGUGACUUUUUGGCAUUCCUUGACUCCAAGCAACGGCAUUUAAGGAAAAAAGUUGGUGGAGAAUUCUUAGCCUACGGAUCUCUUUCAUGGAUGUACCCAGGCUCCUCUGAAAGGGCUAGCAUGUCAGGAAGCUCUGGAUGCCCCUUCUUCCUCUGGGGACUUCUAGCCUUCUUGGGCUUGGCUCUGGUUAUAUCGUUGAUCUUCAAUAUUUCCCACUAUGUAGAGAAGCAGAGACGAGAUGAAAUAUACAGAUACUCUGAUGACUACAUUCCAAGAGUUGAUGAAUAUUAUGUUGAAGAUGCUCCAAUUUAUGGCAAUUUAGAAAAUAUAAUCCCAGAACCACUGGAUGAGAACUGCUAUGAACAAAUGAAAGGUCGACCUCAGAGAUCUGCAAGCGAUCCGCAGGAAGUGGCUGCACCUGCACAGGUACCGGCUGAAGCUCAGAUGUGCUAUGCCUCACUGGAUCACAGCGUGAAGGGGAAACGCAGAAGGCCCAGGAAACAGAAUACUAAUGUGUCAGACAGAGGAAAGGAUACACAAGUCUAUACAAUGGAUGCCAACGUUUCUCAGAUCAAUAUGGUAGAAAGUUUCCCACCAGAUAACCAGGUAGUAGAGGAAAGCAUUCAUGAUGAUCCCGCUAGACUGUUUGGGUUGAUCCGUGCCAAGAGAGAGCCUGUAAUCUAACUGGACCAUCAUCCAUCUCAAUGAUAACACCCUAUGAAAGAUGGUUAAAAUCCCUCAUGUGACACACAGGGACUGGCAAGGUGACGGUCUGCUCAUUUGUCAAUGGGAUGGUACCUUCCUUUCUCUUCAUGGAUUGCAUCCCUGCACAUUAAAUCUAACUAAAAUUAGCUAGAUAAAUUCAGUUAAAGAAUAUCCAAAUAGGAAAAGUAAAAUAAUAAAAUCCAGUUUGCAACUUAAAUUACUUGGCAAUAAAAUAAAAAUGAACAGUAAUACCUAAUAAGGACAAAUUUUUAAAAAUCAAAGUACAUAUGUGCUAUAGGAUAUCUUGAAUGAAAGAGAAAAGCCAGUGUCUUAAAAGUUUAAUCAGUAAAACACAUCUUCUUUCAUCAAUGUGAAUAAAUAAUUAGAAAUGCAUUGGAAAUGUAAUUGAGGAAAAUAUGUAAUAAAAAAAAUUAAAAAAAACAAAGUACACUGCCAAGAAAAUUAGAAUAAUCCUGAGUAUUUUUCCAAAAUGUAAAUAAUAUUAUCAUUUUUUAAACUGUUAUAAAAAUAAAUCCAUGCUCUUUGCAACAAUUAAAAAUUAAGAACAUAGAAAAUUCUACUAGUCAGAGAUAAUCACUAUGAAUAACUUUCUCUGUGUUUUUGGAUAUUUUACUGGACAUAACCAUCUAUGUGUAUCAGCCUUUUUUUUUUCUGAUUUAACUUAAAAGUAGGGGAUUGUGCAUAUUAUUUAAAUUCUCUUUGUGUAUCAAGAGACUAUGGCUUUAGUUCUACUACAUUUAACUAUAUUAACCUGUAUUCAGCUUUGUAUUUGAUGAUUCUGGGCAGCAAACACAGGGUCUUUCAGAUGAAAGACGAGUGCUCCAUCCUGAGCUUCAUCCCAAGUCUGUCUCAAAAUUCUGAUGUCUGCAUUGUAUCUCAUUUAUGAUUAAAUCAUAAUUCAUUUAAAGGAGUUUGAAGACUACUUAAAUUACUUCAAGCUUCUAUUUAAUGUGUUCACAAAUAAUAUUUUAAUGAGAAUGUUCCAAGACAUGUCUGGAUACUUAUCUAGUUUCUUUUUUGUGUUAAGUGCUUAAAGGGGAAUUAAAUAUUUAAAGAUAAGGUUUUGUAUUGUUAAUUUCCAUAGGUCAGAUCUCUGAAAGGUCAACAAUUGGACCAAAAGUAGGCAUACCCCUUAGAUUCUAAAGGCUUAUCCCACAUUGUCUCCCAAACAGUUAACUCAAUAAACCUCAGCACAGCAUGGAGAGGUAUUGCUGUGACCCAGCAUGCAGGAGGCUGAGGUAGAGAGAACUGUGUUAGCUCCAGGCCAUCUCAGAUUAAUGAGUGAAUUCCUGGUCAGCUUGGGCUAAGAGUGAAACUAUGAUUCAAAAUGAAGAAUCAGAAACAAAAUCACUUCUAUUACCCUCCAUUAAGAAAGGAAGCUUGAUGGUAGUCUAUAAUAAGCAUCUCUAAGUGUCAUAAACUGUAUUUUAAAAUGCUAUUCUGAUAGAGACACUUGGACAGAGCAUUCUUUUAUCUCUACUUUUCUGGCUGUGUGCUACAGAAUUUAUAUACAUCACAUUUUUAUAAUACUUUUUUAAGGUUUGAUAGAAUUUUAAAAAAUGCUCCUUUCCCUUUCCUUAUCCCCAAACCUCUUCAUACAACCCCUCUUGCUUUCUGUCAGUGACCCCUCUCUCUCUUUAAUUGUGACAAAUACGAAUGUGUGUAAUUGGAGAGCACUCCAUGGAGAAGACUAUUUCUCUAUCUUUCAGUGUUACCCAGUUGCCUGUAGUGUUUGUCUAAAGCUGAGACCCUACACACACCUUCCCUUUCAUGAUGGCAUGUCCACUGAAGUCACCAUUGCUCCAAUCAGUCAGUCGUGUUAAUGAGACUUACAGUUUUUAUUUAAAUUACCAAUUGAUUUUGAAUGUAUUAAAACAAUACAAAGUACUUUCAUAAUUUUCCAUGUAAUAAGACUGUCUAGACAUUCUCAUGUUCUUUGUACCCACGCAGGGUUCUGUCUGGUACCCCACAUGUCAGCUUAAAGGACUUCUUUAACUAUUUUUAUCAUUCAGGUCAAUGAAUGAUAAAACUCCCCUAGCAUGCUGCUGUACAUCUGAAAAAGCCAUUGUAUUAGUUUUUUAGAGAAAUUGUCACUGGGUAAAAAAUGUCUAAGGUUGAGCUGAUGAUGCUUCUUUGAACGAUCUGUACAGUUCCUUUCUGGGACACAGAGAUGCCAUCUAAAAACCUGCUGACACCCUUACUGAAUCAAAGCUUCUGGAAUUGAAACAGGUUGAAUAUCUUUUCCUUCAAAGAUUAAGUAAUCCUUCUAGAUUUGAGAAGCAGAACAAGCAACACUUGUCCCUAUUUGAACAUUGUAGCUGUAUUUUCACCCAAUGAAUUAUGGAUUUCAAUCAGAAAGACUGAUUUUUCUCAAUAACAGCACUGAUGAGUGUGAGUUCACGGGCCUCGUUUUGUAAUGGAAGCCCACUGUCACAACCUUGAUCAUGUUGUGAACAUGUCAGAAAAUAGUUUGGACAGUAGUGGGCUCUUUUCUGCUUCACCAUUCAUCAACCUAGAGCCUCUACAUAUUCUUUUCAAGGAACUCAGCUCUACACUAAUGUGUUUAGCAUCUCUACAGAGGAGUUCUCUGGGCACCUUUGUGAUACCUGUAUGCUUCCUCAGAGUAAUGUCUGACAUUUUCUGGAAUUUCAACAGUCUUAUUGUUAAUAAUGCAGAUUCAUAUAUAAUUAUAAAUCUAGAUUCUGUAUAAUAGAGAAAACAUGCAGCAUUUUUAUCUUUCUCAAUAUGUUUUUCAGUUACAUACAUUUUCUUGGCAUUGGAAUGAUUUCUUUUUUAUUAAAUACUUUCUUUAUUUACA